GAAUAGUGAUAAUGCCAAUUGCAAUGAGUCAGUGUCAAUUCAUGAAAAAUUUCCGUAUCUUAAAAUACGUAAACAACAUUGUUUUAACAAUCAGCAUAGCACCGAUGACUUAAUACUCUACACUAAGAACACAUUUCUUCGAAUUCGAAUUAAAUAACAAGCUACAAAUUUGAUGAUCAGACUAGAGUAUGUUGUUCGCUUGCCAAAUAGUUGCUUAAUCUUAAACGUCUUUAUCAGAUCAUGUUGGCUACAAAUUGUCUCUUGCCUCGGUGAACAUAUAGAGUCUGAUCUAUUUAUACAGCUAUUACAAAUUUGAUAUUGGGAUACAGACGUUUUUUAUUGGCAAUUUGUCGAAAUUGCCGGCGCAACUGACUUAUUGAAUUGGCCGGCUGACACACGAUAUGCCAAAUGCUGAGCUAGACAAAUUUGACGAAUUUCUUAAACUGCCUUGACUUGGCCAAUUUCCAUUUGGCCAUUUGCAUUUGUAUUUCCAUUUACAACGUAAGCAGUUGUUGUUCUGGGCGGGCCUGCUUAGCAUAGUUCCAGUUGCAGUCCGCUCGCUAAACAAUGGACACACAAGUGCGGCUCCGUCUUUACUUAAUACUCUGUGUGCUGUUUCAAACGGGUUGCUGUACAGGCUGGUCAAUGUCGGAGGCGGGUCUCAACGACUCCAGCUACAAUGUGCGUCACUUGUCCACACACUUUGCGCGCGUCUUUCUCAGCAUAAGCGUGGAACACAAUGAUUUUCCUACACUGAUCGAGGCACAGUGGCCCGUCUCCUAUUUACCCAUGCGCACGGCCAUCUAUCCCAACAGCGAAGUCCACGCUAGCAGAGGACAGCCCGAGUCGGACUGCACGCGUUUGCAACAAGCUCAUUGGUCCCAGGUGGAUAGCCUAAGCCGUCUGUGGGUCAUGGACGUAGGCUGGCCCAACAGCGAGUGUCCACCCAAGCUGUUCGUCUUCGAUUUGAUAAGGAACAAUGCCGAAUUGCUACGCAUCGAUUGUGGCCAGCACAUUGACAGCAACGACACACAGAGCCUGGUCGUACAGCUGGGACCCAAGCCAAGCAACUGCGAACUGGAACGUCAUAUCUUUUUUAUAUCGGACAGUCAACCGCAUAUCGUGGCCUAUGAUAUACUCGAGCAAACCUGGCAUCGACGUGAACUAAAAAGCAACAAAUAUGAAAAUAUGAGUCAAGUGUUUCCCAUUAAGCCAAUUGACUUUACCUUUGGACUGCAGGGCGAGCUGAUCGUCUCCGAUGAAGAUGGUGUGCUCUACAGCUCUAGCAAAAGACUGCAACUGAUGAGCUCCACACCCGCAUCCAACUCCAACUCAAACUCGCUGCACAUACAACUAACGCGGCUGGGCAACUUGUUGGGACCCAGUCGAAGCAUGAUCAUGGACUACUUUGGAGCAUUGUUCUAUGUGAUGCCCAAAUUCGGUGCAGUUGUGCGUUGUGCACAGUUGGCAAAUUUAACCGCCGAGGGCAAUGAGAUUAUAUAUUUAACUUCCAAAAAUAUACAGCAAAUAUUCUUUGGCAUAGAUGGUGCUGUCUGGGUGCUAAGUGAUCGUGUGUUAAGGCCGCAGGAUAUAUGUUACCCAGGCAUAUGAAACUAACUUCUAUUUAAAUUAGAUCAAUCAUAAAAGUGAAUUAAACUAACGGCAUUUGCUCAGCUGUUUAGUGUCCGAGAAUGUGAUUAUUAUCGAUUGCUGACCUGUCAGACAAUAAAUAUCGAUAGCAAUAUUAAAUGAU